AUGGGAGUUGGCACGAAUUACUUCCCAAUGAAGCUGGAGCUCGAGCCCAGAUUGAAGAAACUCGUCUCUGAUGAGGAGUUCAAGCAUAUCGAGGCAUUCCCCAGCAUUCUGCGAUUGCUGUUGCACUUUGACUUCGUCCAAGAGCUCGAAAGUCAAGGUCCUACAAGAAUGCAGGGCUUUGGCGGACUCUCCUUCUCGCGCGUUUUGGAUAACAAGAAGCUGUUCCUGGACUCGGAGACUUUCUGGGUGCAGAUGAACUAUCAGCUGAUCCACCUCAUGGACUUCCUUCCCAUAGCUGAUUGGAGCCUGAGGCUGGACGACACGUACCUGGAUGUGUUUGCCGCUGUGCACAAGCUUCUCAAAAGCUGUGGAAAGCUCUUGGUGCUUUGGCUCCAUGUGCCUCAUGCCACUUCCGAAUCCCAUGGUUUUCGCAAUCAGUGGGUCUAG